CAAGUGUGAGUGCACAUGAACAAGGCUCUGAAGCAGGGCACAAGCCGGUGCGAUGUCUGAAGUUCGUCGCACAGGAAUGAUGUCCGCUCAGCUUUCGCAGAGAUGUAAGCGCAUUAAAGUUAGAGAGACCGUUAAAGAAAAAAACAAGGAACUGUCACAACAUUAUAAAACCGGACGAAUUUACCCCCUAAUAUGACUGAGAGAAACAGAAUAGAAAUGGGAAGUACUGUGAAGGGACGUCGGCGCUUUUUGGAGAUCGUCUUGGCUCUCGCGCUCUGUGCAACCCUCGCCCGCUGUCGAGGAACUGUCAGUGACGCCCUUGCUGAUUCUCUGUCAUCAGUUAGUGGGACAUUACCUCACUUCCUGCAAGAGCCUGAGGAUGCUUACAUAAUCAAAAACAACCCAAUCAAGUUGCGAUGUCGAGCAACUCCUGCCCUGCAGAUCUUCUUCAAAUGUAACGGGGAAUGGGUCCAUCAGAACCAACAUACCUCACAAGAGUACAUGGACCAAAACACUGGGUUUAAAAUCCGCGAAGUGACGAUCAAUGUCACCAGGCUGCAGGUGGAGGAUUUUCAUGGUCCAGAAGACUACUGGUGCCUGUGUGUUGCCUGGAGUCACCUAGGAACCUCGAAGAGCCGUAAGGCCACAGUGAGGAUAGCCUACCUCCGCAAGAACUUCGAGCAGGAUCCUCAAGGGAAGGAAGUGCCAAUCAAGGGCAUGAUUGUGCUGCAUUGCCGUCCCCCAGAGGGAGUGCCCAUGGCAGAGGUGGAGUGGUUGAAAAAUGAAGAAUUGGUCAGCUCCCUUGAAGAUGAUAACAUUGACACUCGUGCUGACCACAAUCUGAUCAUCAAUGAAGCCCGACUCUCUGACUCCGGCAACUACACCUGCCUCGCCAGUAACGUAGUUGCAAAAAGACGCAGUGCUACAGCUACUGUAGUUGUGUUUGUGAACGGUGGAUGGUCUCUGUGGACAGAGUGGUCUCCUUGCAGCGUGAACUGUGGGAGAGGAGUUCAGAAACGAUCUCGGACCUGCACUAACCCGGCUCCUCUAAAUGGGGGAGUGUUCUGUGAGGGCAUGUCUGUGCAGAAGAUCACCUGCAAUGCACUCUGCCCAGUGGAUGGAGUCUGGGAGGAGUGGAGCGAGUGGACGGUGUGUAGUACGCAGUGUGAGAGGCAGCGAUGGAGGGAGUGCAACGCACCACCGCCCCGUCACAGAGGCAAGAUGUGUGAGGGAGAGGGUCAAAGCACUGAGAACUGCACGGGAGGACUGUGUACGCAAAAUGGGAAGCUGAUGCAUGAUGUUAAGCCUCAGAGCAUGGAGAACUCUAUUGAUGUUGCACUGUACUCUGGUCUGGCUGCGGGGGUGAUCGCUGUGAUCGUCCUCAUAGUGGCCAUCACCCUCUACAGGAAGAGUCAAAGUGAGUAUGGAGUGGACGUCAUUGACUCAUCUGCUCUUGCUGGGGGCUUCCAGUCCUUCAACUUCAAAACCACCAGACAGGGCAAUCCACUUCUGCUGAAUUCCUCCAUGCAGCCCGAUAUAACUGUCGGCCAGACGUACAGCAGCCCAAUCUGCUUUCAGGACUCCAUAGACAAAGAGCUCUUUGACCCCCUGCCAGACAAGGUCAAAGUUCAGAGCUCCUUUAUGGUUUCACUAGGUGUGGCGGACCGGGCCGAGUACCAUGUGAAAGCCCAUCCGGAGACCCUUCCUGCUAACCUUCACCCAAACUACAGCACAGUGGAAGGAAAGAAGACCACUAUGAUUGCUUCUAAUGGAAUUCACACACUCAGGAAGACUCAGUUUAAGACAAGCGCUGUGUUUGGGCACCUGGGUGGCCGUUUAGUCAUUCCCAAUGCAGGAGUAAGCUUGCUGGUACCUCACGGGGCGAUUGCUGAUGACACCUCUUGGGAAAUGUACAUGCUCAUAAAUCAAGAAGAGUCUAGUGCCCAAUCAGAGGAAAGGUGUGAGAUUAUGUUAGGGCCAGAGAUCACAUAUGGACCUCCGGGGCUGAACCUGUCCUAUCCUGUUGCCAUGACGAUAGCUCAUUGUGCUGAAGUCAGCGCUGAAAACUGGAACAUUAAACUCAAGAGACAAACCAAGGACAACAAGUGGGAGGAAAUAAUGUCAGUAGACGAUGAAUCGACCUCCUGCUAUUGUCUGAUGGACUCGCAUAGCUGUCACUUGUUGCUGGAUCAGCCGGGCUGUUAUGCACUAGUGGGGGAGCCCAUCACUGAUGCUGCCAUAAAGAGACUAAGGAUUGCUGUGUUCGGCAGUAUGGAGGCCUCCUCCGUGGACUACAGCCUGCGAGUGCACUGUGUAGAUGACACACCGCAUGCCUUUCAGAAAGUGGUUACUGCUGAAACCAGUAGAGGAGGUCAGCUUCUCGAGGAGCCCAAGGUGCUGUUCUUCAAAGGAAACUGCCUCAGUCUGCAGGUGUCCAUCCAGGAUAUCCCUCAGUUUCUGUGGAGCAUCAAACCCUUCACCACCUGUCAGGAAUUCUCCUUCACCCAAGUGUGGUAUAGUAACCAGCAGCCUGUGCACUGUGCCUUCUCACUGCAGAGACAUAGCGCUUCAGCCACACAGCUCUCCUGCAAGAUCAGUGUGCGGCAGGUCAAAGGUCACGAGCAGAUCCUGCAGGUCUACACCUCAGUGGGAGAGAGUGAGAAAGAGACGGUCCCAUUUUUUAUGCAGGCAGAUUGCACAGUGACUUCACAGACGGGGGCCAAAGCCUUCAAAAUCCCCCUGUCCAUACGUCAGCGGAUAUGCACCACCUUCGAUACUGCCAACGCCAAGGGCAAGGACUGGCAGCUCUUAGCUCAGAAACUCCACAUUCAAAGGAACCUGUCCUACUUUACCAAGCAGAAGAGUCCCUCUGCUGUCAUUCUCAGUCUCUGGGAGGCCAGGCAUCAGGACACUGGAGAUCUUGACUCCCUUGCAAGUGCUUUGGAGGAGAUUGGAAAGAUCCACUGUAAAAGUCUGCCUCAGAGUCCAGAUGAUAAAGAAACAGACUUUACGUUUUGAAGGACUACUGAAGACUACAUUACUCUACCAGAUGCAAUUCCCCAGCAUCUUCAAUUUAGAGUCCAAGUGAAGCUAGCUAAGGCAUAUCCAGUCUGACAGAAGACUCAAUCAGAUGGCGACCAAUCAGAUGGUUUCACAUAUCUGUACAUGUGCAAAGGAAGUAUGAAUUGGUAUGAAUUUGGCACAGAUUCAACAGCUUCAAAAUGCUUUUCUCAAAGUGCCAGGCCAUCUCAACUUUCAUAAAAUCUCUCCUUAGCCUUUCCUUGUUGUUUAUGUUUAUUUUUAUUAUUAUUAUUAUUAUUGUGUGGGAUUUUAAUGGUGGUCGGACUGGGAUGUUCUUGAGCAUUUCCUUGUGUCAGCAUCAUAAUUACAGGAAUAGUCCACCCAAAAAUGUUGUUCCAAAACUAUAUGACAUUUUUCUUUGGAACAUAAAAGAAGAUAUUCUGAAAAAUGUUGGUAUCCAAACAGUUUCAGUUUUUUUUUUAUUUCUAUUAAAAAAUACAAUGGAAACAGAAACAGAUAUGUCAAAAUAUCUUCUUUUGUUUGAAGAACUUUUUUAUUUUUGGCUGAACUAUGCCUUUAAUCUUUUCAUGUUUUUUCACUAGUGUUCCAGAGUUGCAAAGUAUUUAUAUCCCUUCUGCAUGUUACUACUGACGUGUGCUUUGUUUGCACUAUAUGACGUUUAGAGAAGGGAAGAGAGGGGAAUACACUCCUGCAAACUGCCCUUUUUGCUCAUCACACAUUGUGAUCGUGGCUCACGAUGUUCUUUUAUCUCCACUGUUGUUUUAUUGUCAUUUUGCAGUCUUAAUGGGAUCGGUUGAAGAAUAAUUCUGAAUAAGAUAUGGUAAUAUAAAGAUUCUAACCUUGUUUUCAACUAUGGCUGAGUACUGCGCAUUAGAAAAUAACCUCAUUUACGCAGGUUGGGGGGGUAAAAAUGCAUUACGUUUUUUUCCUUAAAAAACCUCAAAGCAUAACACGUUCGCUCAAAUGCAUUACUCUGUUCCAGUAAGCGUGUUUGAGUCAUUAGGGAGGACAGCAGGAUGGUAUCAUGCCUUUAGAGUGUUAGGCCUGAGACUAAUAUUGACCAGAAGAAGCGUUUACUUAAGCCAUGCAAAUGGCAGUACAUCCCUUUUGUUAACACUUAUAGCUUUCUUUUGAAAAACAUCUGAAAAGGAAGAGCUCCAAGAGACCUCUGUGAAAUGAAGCCUCUCUUAUCUCCUCUGACCAAGGUCCACCGUGCGGUGGGAAACACAAAGGGGGAACAUGGACCGGUGAGCAGUGAGAGUUAUAAUUAAGGUGUGAUAAAAGGAAUAGAGCUGUGUGGAAAAAUGCUGUCAGAAGUGCAGGAAAAAAGUUAUUCCUCCUUUUCCAAGUCAUCUACGUCAUUAACCUUCUCUCUCUCAAACAGAAAUGCCUCCAAGAGCUCAUUUUAGUUGGUUUUCAGUGUUCUAGCCACUACAAUGCUUGCCAAUGGUUUAAAAUGUUAAGCUUUAUCUCUUACUCUGGAUAUUCCUUUUAUAUAAAUAUUUCUUUUUUGUAUUUUUAACAUAAGUUUGAUGAAGGAUUUAUCUGAUUUGCUGUCCACUUUAUGUUGAGAAGCACUGAGAACAGCAACCUGUUUGACGUGUUUAUUACUGUAAUUGUCCACAACUAUAUUAAAUUGCCCAAAAAUAUCAAUUUUUUUUAUUAUAUUUCCUUUAUUUUCAUUUAUUAGCAAAUUUGCUGUCACUCCUCUAAAAUUUAAUUCAAACAUGUAAUUGUGUUGUCAUGUUAAUGAAUUUGAAAGAAAAUUUCACUUUGGUGCUUAUUUAACUUUAUUAAUGUUCACAUUUAUGUCCAAAUAUUGGAACAUGAUGUUAAAUUUAAAGAAAUAAUUCUAGAAAAAAACAAACAAACAUAAUUCUAGAAAUGGCUACAAACCAAACUUAAGAUUUUGCCCUAUUAUUGUGGACUGCAUUUAUAGUGGUAUGUUCAAGCCUUUGAACGGUCAAGUUAAUAAUGUUUAUCCGUCCCACAUUCAUGUUAUAUUUAGGCCUUUGCUUCAAAUUAUGAUUCCUGUGCCUUGUAUAACUUCUGUAAAUGGUGAAUGUUGUACAGGUUAAGAUGGUUCUGAAUCAUGCAAAUGUAAUGUAAGAUUUCAGUUAAAAAAACACUAUAUUACACUGAUAUGCAGGGGUCAAGAGCUUUUCUAGUGCUAAAUAUACUUGUUUGGUAUCGCCAGGCCAGCUUUGUGGUAUGAUUAUGAACAUUUUGGAUGUUUUCUGUACAGUAGAGUUUGCUGAUGUAUAUGCAGUCUUUUGGAAAUAAAUGUACUGCUGAAGA